CGAUACAAACACUUGCUGGAUGUUUGAUUAUCGUCUGAAAGCUAAUUAAAGUGCAAGUAACAAGUGCGAUAGGCUUGUUUAACAGAUAUGUCAUUAAAACGACUAUUUCUGAUAAAACCAUACCUAUACUAAGAAUAAUGUUGUGUAUUUUCUACGAUACAAGGAACACUUCCUCGCUUUGACAAUUAUUUUUGAAAUGUUUCUUUUAUGACGUAAAAUAACAAUUUGAUGUUACAUGAGUAAGGAGGUAAAAUAGAAAUACUUACUAUCAAAUGAAGUAGGUCAUUUGAUCGACCUCAAAAUCGGCGUAUCUCCGAUGCGCGAGAUAUCAAUCAAUUUUCUAAUAUUGUAAAAUCAUUGAAUAAACCACCAAAUAACACGAGCGUGCGCGCGGGGCCAUCAAUACCAACAUAACUUUGUCCAGCGCGCAUCAAUCAGUAUAGCAGCGAGCCAGCCCGAAAAGUGAAAAUAUUAGUAUAGUCAGUCAGUGGCUAGGCGCUCGCCACGAAGGUUGUCUGUGGUGUUUUCACAUCGCGCAAAAGAAAAACACAGACCUUCGACACCACCAAAGGUGCCUUUAGCCAGUUGAACAUGCUGACUCAACAAAAUUCUUACUAGUAAAGUAUUUGUAAAAAAAGUUCAAAAUUGGAUGAAUUUGUUUCACAAUGACAGUGCAAGAUAAAACUAAAAAGCUCUCACGAUGGUAUUUUGGUGGACUAGCAUCUGCUGGUGCAGCAUGUGUCACUCAUCCACUGGAUUUAUUGAAGGUACACCUGCAAACACAACAAGAAGGAAAAAUAUCAAUUGUUAAAUUAACAUUAAAUAUAGUGAAAAAACAGGGAAUCACAGCAUUAUACAGUGGACUCACAGCUUCUCUACUGCGGCAAUUAUCAUAUUCAACAGUUAGAUUUGGUGUUUAUGAGGUAGGAAAACAAUUUAUCGAAUCACCUGAUAAUCCAGCUCCUUUUUACCAGAAAUUUGUAUUGGCUGGUAUAUCUGGUGCUGCUGGUGGUGUUAUUGGUACUCCUGCGGAUUUGGUUAAUGUUAGAAUGCAAAAUGAUAUCAAAAUGCCUUUAGAGAAAAGGCGAAAUUAUACAUGGGCUGGAAAUGGUAUUGUAAAAAUAAUAAAUCAAGAAGGAUUUAAAACGCUUUUUAAUGGAUGUUCUACUGCAACUGGCCGAGCUGUUCUUAUGACUAUGGGUCAGUUGAGUUUUUAUGAUCAGAUCAAGUUAUCUCUUUUGAAAACUAAUUACUUCAAAGACAAUACUGCAACCCAUUUUCUAUCAAGCUUAUUAGCCGGAGCCAUUGCCACAACUAUGACCCAACCUUUAGAUGUAUUGAAAACUCGUGCCAUGAAUGCUAAACCUGGAGAAUACAAAAAUAUGAUGGAAAUUAUUUUAUAUACAGCCAAACUAGGACCUGUAGGUUUUUUCAAGGGAUACGUUCCAGCUUUUGUCCGUCUUGCUCCUCAAACAAUUUUAACGUUCCUGUUUCUUGAAAACUUGCGAUUGAACUUUGGAUUCUAUCCACAAGCAAAACCAAUGCCAUGAAUAAUGCUUUUUAUAAAUGAAUAUCAGAUUUGCAACACAAAGCACAAAGAUUUUGCGCAAACUUCCAUAGUUAAUAGGUGAUAGCAGUAUCACCUUCCGACUGAAUUUUGCUUUAAAUAUUACCAUCAGGAAUGAUUUUUCGUAAGUCUUUUAUGAGUAAGCUAUUUAUAUACUGACCAUUCUAUACGGUUCAUAAGGUACAAAUACCAAUUGAAACUUAAUUUUUAGUUAAACCACAGUCGUAAAUUACUGUUGGGUGGCUUCCGAUAAUUAUCACAUUCCAUUGUACCUUCGUUAGAUGUUCUAACAUGAAUAUAUAUUUUUAUAGUUGUUUUAAUGUGCGAAACAAAACUAUUUGCGUGUAAAUUAAUAAUUGUACAAUAUUGUACAUGAAUUCUCGAUUGCAAAGCUUCUAAUCUUGAAUAAAUUUGCACAAUUGUUUGAUACAACAAAAAAUUUAUAUUUUGACUUAUGCAGCUAUUGUAUAUUCAUAUAUAUUUUUUAAAUGGGAUUCAAAGUACAAUAAUAUAUAACAAAAAUGGUGGAAAUAUAUGUAGAAUAAAGUUAUCACUUAUUGUGAUUUGAAAUUUUAUGUUUACAAAUACUAUACUAUAAUUUUCCGUUAAAGCGUCGUUGUAGAAGUAUAUUGUAAUUGUUAAACGUUUGACUGCGAUGCAGUACUCGUAUUAAGCGUACAAAUAUUUUGUUUCCUAAUUUAAGAAUUAAAGAAGAUUAAUUUUUACUUAUUGUCAAGGCUUUGGAAGUUAUACACGUCAGUUAUGUAAUAAAUGAUAAUAUUACUGAUUACCUGAUUGAAAUAAAAAGUAAUUGUUUGAAUUGACUA